AGCAGCCGCCACGUGCUGAUUUGCCACGUGCUGCGUGGACAGACCGCUAGGUUUAGCGAGGAUUGAGGGGAAGAGAGAGAGAGAGGGGAGGGAAGAGAGAGAGAGAGCGAGAGAGAGAUCUUGCGCGGCGGCGAAGUGAGCGGCGGAUCAGCAUGAUGAGCAGCGAGGGCGCAUCCACGAGCAGCAGCAAUCGCGUCCACUUUACCAUGACCGUAAAGGUAGACAUCGAAGCUCCCGCUCCCACUGCCAGUCCCACUGCUGCUACACUCUCCUCCUCGUCCUCCUCAGCGUCCUCCUCCACAAUUUGUGCUGCCGCCGCCGCCGCCGCCACUGCCACUGCUGCUGGGACGCAGGAUUUGCUGCUCAAACUCCAGCCGCUGCUGCCCCAUCUCUGCAUCACUCCUCCGCGCCACCAGCAACACCGCCACCACCAAGAUCCUUCUCCCACGACGCAGCAGGGAGGAGCUGGAGGAAGGCAUCUUGAGAGUGGCCUGGAGCUCAGCCUCGGCCUCUCGUCCUUCGCCCACUCGGGAGUUUCAUCGUGUCCUCCUUCUCCCCUGCGAGACGAGGAGCAGCAGUGCGACGAUCGUGUGCUCGCCCCGGCAGGGAGCUCGGGUGUUGCAAGCGUAAAUGUAGGAAGCGCAAGGCAGCCAUCGCUGGCUCGGUCGGAUUCCCUGCCCGUGAACUGGAGAGUGUUGGAGCAGCAGCGGCUCAAGCGCGAGGUGCAGUGCCAGAAGCGGCAGGAGGCGCGCAAGAAGCGCAGGAUUCUCAUCGAGGAGCAGAAGCAGCAGCGGCGGAAGAGCUCCGGCUCUGGAACCACGUCCUCGCACUCUCACCAUCACCCCAGGAAGAAGCCAGUCGUCAAGGAUGAGGCGGACAUGGAGGAUCGUCCCACCGAGAACAAGGCCACGAGACCGGGCCGCGGCCAUAGCCAUGCUAUCAGGAAGUCCAGGAGGAGCUUGGAUUCCUCCGCGGCCACCCUCGACUCCUCCUCCGCCGGAAACGUUAAAGCUGAAGCUACAGACGCUACCGCCAGGGCUCUAAAUACGUGUACGACCGCGGGUACUUCUACGAGCUUUAGCGGUGUGAUACGGCCCAGCGCUGUGCACGAGCCCAAGACAGAGUGGAUUGACAAGUUCUUGGAGAUGCGCAAGAUGGUAAGGCCGGAUGAUGGUGGCGAAGAGGCCACUCUUCCGGAUGACCAGCUACCAGUUCCUCCUCGAGCCAUGGGUUCUUCUCAGUCGAGCAGCGCAGGCUCUUCCUCGGUAGCCAUGGUGAUGGCAUCCGGAUCGUUUGCCUGCCCGUCUUCGAUGGAGCAAAAGGUGGUCAUAUCUUCUCGCGAAGAUGGCGACGUAAGGCUUCCGCCGCCGGCACCUCCGCCACCUCUGACCCCGCCGCCACCUCCAUCUCUCCUGCGCUCGUCUUCUCUUGGAGCAAACCUCCGCCAGGGGUAUCUCCUCCAGCAGCAGCAGCAGCAGCAGCAGCAGCAAAGAAGCAGCACCCUCCGCGCUCCAAGCCCGGUUCGAUGCAACAGGUCGUUGAUGAGAACUUUGUCGGAGGGCGCUGCUAUGCGAUCAAGCAUGGGCUCGUCCGUGGAUAGCUGGAGCAGGCGAAGCAGCACGAGCUCGGCGUUCCGGAGCCCCAAGAAGCCGCAGCAAGAACAGCAAGUUGACGGCGCAGUAGGCUGGGAAGAUCCGGAGAGGUCGAGCCAGGCAGCAGCGAUGGUGGCACGAUCCAGCAGCAGCAGUGUGGUGAGCGAUCUGCCGUGGGUGACGACGACUGGAACGGGACCCAAUGGCAAGACGGUGACGGGAGUUUUGUUCGCAUACAAGAAGGGCGAGGUGAAGAUUGUGUGUGCCUGCCAUGGACGACACAUGAGUGCCAAGGAGUUUGUGGAGCACGCCGGUGGAGUGGACGUUGCCAAUCCCGAAAAGUGUAUCGUCGUCAGCCCGGGCAGGAGAACUGCGACACAGAUUUGAAUCUCUCACUUCCACUAAAGGUUUCUAGAGAUUUCGAGAGCUCGCUCGAUCAGCACGGAUUAACACGCUGCUCGAAAAGAGAGGAGAAAAGGUGAUCUUCGACAUGAAACUUCCUCCUUUUCUCGCAUCACGCAAGCAACUGUACAUACAUUUUUUUGUUUCCUUCUUUCUUUUCUGGAAGAGUAGAGUAUCACAUCGUUCCUUGCCGAAAGUGUCUCUUUUUUCUCCUUUUCCUUUCGACUCGGACAUCAAGAGAGGGUCCCAUGUUUUGCAAAGGCAAUCAAUCAAUCAAUCAGAGCCAUCUUAUAGCUA